ACAACGUAACUAGAAACUGCAACUGCAUUACAAUAUUUCCAGUAAAUUCCAUAACAAAUUGAACUAUAAGAAUACACUUCAAAAAGCCCACAUUUCUAUUGCAUUGCAUUUACAGUCAGCUGCACCUUUUCUUUUCGUUUAACAAAAAAAACACAGCAAACACAUAUUGUAGCUUAAAGGCAGCAAGCAUAGCUGAAGCAUAGAAUAAUGCCUAAACCAAUAAUCGUUUCAUCAGUGGUGGCUGUGAAGUGAUGUGUGAUGUUUGUGACAUUUCCAACACUGUGCUGCAUGACCUUUUAUAUCACAGAGCCUUUGAACGGCCCCCAACAGUGAAUAAAAAGGGGGUACAGUACAGGUGAGAAAGGAAAGUCAGGAGCUUCUCUGACGCCUGCACAACCUGUUUGGAUUUAGGUAAAAUACUGCUCUAAAUCACUUUCCUGCUGCUCCUUUUGGUUUUUAAGAAGGAUAUUGAGUCCAGAUAGCAAUAUUUUUGCUGAGUCUUUAUACUGACGCAAUGUCAGGAAAGACAUGCAGCAGCAGCAGCAGCAGCAGCAGCGUUAUUCAUGCACAAAAACUGGUGGAUCAACUUCGGGUGGAGGCAAGCAUGGAGAGAAUAAAGAUCUCCCUGACAGCAGCAGACUUGGUCCGGUACUGUCAGGAUCACCGGCGCAGUGACCCUCUGCUCACCGGCAUCGCUGCCUCGUCCAAUCCUUUCAAAGAUAAGAAGACCUGUGUGCUGCUUUAACACUUCUAAGUAGAGAUGAGCGCCACAGAACUGACUGGCAUACGGCGUGCAACCACAGAUUUUCUACUGUCAGAUGUGUUCAAGAUAAACCUUCUAGUAUCGUGAA